AUGAUCUUCACCUUCGAAAGUGCCCCGCAGCCCUGCCGGCCUCCGGAUGCAGCAACCUGCCCAGGUGAGUCUUCCCGUCCGUCCUGCCCACCGGCCGACUCCAAGGGACCCCAAGACCGGCAGAGCAGCACCGAAGCCGAAGUCCUGAGAGCGGGAUGUGGGACUCCGGGAGCCCCUGAAGGGCUUCCUCCGCUGCCCCUGGCUGAGCCUCGGCCCUCUCCCUCUGCUCCUCCUCCUCCUCCAGGCUCGCCCCGGGCUUUCUGCAAAGGGCUGAAGGAGCAUUUCCGCAGAGAAUGCCGUUCGGGGCCUGGGCAGCCCCUGGGACCCCUGUACCUGGAGAGGGACUUGGUGCAGCACCACCUGGACAGCAGGGGUGGGAGGAGCGCAGACCUGAGGCGGUGCCACCUGGGAGAGAAGCGCAAGGCCUCCGUGGAGAGAAGCCGCUUGUUCCAGACGGCCAGGAGAAAGGAGCCGGGCAGCAGGGUCAUCGUGGUGCUGGGGAAGGCCGGCACGGGGAAAAGCCUGCUGGUCCAGAAGGUCUGCCUGGACUGGGCCGAGGGCCUCCUGCCCCAGUUCGACUUUGUCUUCCGGUUCGACUGCCGGAGGCUGAGCCUCCUGCAGGGCACCUGCCCCGACUUCAGGUCCCUGCUCUCGGACUCCCUGGGGGGCUCCUGCCAGGGCCUCGAUGACGCCUACGCCAGCCUCCUGCGGAAGCCGGAAAGGGUCCUCCUCCUGUUUGACGGCGUGGGAGACCUGAAGGACCCCGAGGGCUCCCCCUCCGCUUCCGGGAGCCCCCCCUGCAGGGAAGCCCCCGGCCUUGGCGCCACCUUGGGCCCCCUCUUCCAACGGGAGCUGCUCAACGGCUGCACCCUCCUCCUGACCGGGCGGCCCAAGGAGAGGCUCCCCCAGUACUUCCCACGGGUGGACACCGUCCUGGAGGUGGUGGGCCUCUCCGCGGAGCAGGCCUCGCUCUGCCUGGCCCGCUCUCUGGAGGGCUCUGCCCACGCGGAGCAGCAGGCGAAGCUGAUCAGGGCCUCCCCUUACCUCUUCAGCCACUGUGGCAACCCCGGCCUCUGCCGGUUCAUCUGCCAGGCUGCGCUUGAGGCCACGGCGGGAGAGCUGCCCUCCACCCUCACCGGCCUCUUCGUCACCCACCUCCUCCAGAAGGCGGCAAGCGCGGCAGCAGACGGCAGGGCCUGGAGGUGCCAGGGCAUCGCUGCCUUGGCCGAGGUCUCCUGGUGUCUCGGGCAGAGGUGCCAAAGGGCCCUCUUGAGCGGGCACUUCCCUUCCGCAGCCGUGAAGGAGUUUGCGCUGAAAACGGGGCUCAUGGAGGAGCAGCGGGGCGUCUGCGCCUUCUCCAGCUUCGCGGUCCAGGAUUUCCUGCUGGCCCUGCACCUGGCUCUCUCCCAAGAGAUGAAGGGCAAGAAGCUCACCCAAUACCUGGGCUGGGGGGCCAGGGUCAGGAAAUUCCUCUCCUCGGGGGGCCUGGUGCCCCGUUUCCUGUCUGGGCUGCUCUUCUCCAAGGACGAGCUCAGCGGCCGCCUCCUCUUCGGCAAGGAAGGCGACUUGGAUGCGGAGAAGACAGUCGCCAGGAAGCAGAGGAGCCUCUCCAGGUUCAUCCGGAAACUUCCCAUUCGGGAUUUCAGUCCAGGGAAAUUGCUGGAGCUGCUCCACUGUGUCCAUGAGACCGAAGACCCCUACCUCUUGAAGCACGUGAGCCUGGAGCUGGGGCCGGACCUCUCUUUCUUGGGCUUCCCGCUGCCCCCGCCAGAUGUCAGCGUCCUGCACUCCAUCCUGAGGAGGUCCUCCAAGACCUUCUCGGUAGACCUGAGGGGCAGCUGCCUUCCCCUGGAGGGGCUCAGGAAGCUGGUUGGCCUGAAGAGCAUCUCCAAGUUCAGGGUCUCCCUGGGGGAAGCCGUGGCCCUCUGGAAGCACCUGUGGGACGUCCGGGAGAGGGAAGCACUGCAGGCGGCCAUGGAGAAGUUCCUGGUGGGGCCCUUCAGGGCCAAGACGACGGGGGACGUGGAUGCCCUUCUCGGCCUGGUGCAGCUGCAGAGAGACAUGGCGGAAGGGGAAGACGCUGAGGGUUCCAGCGCCCGCCUUAUUCCAGCCAUCGCUGGGCUCCUGCGACUGGAAUUCAGCCUCGGGCCCAGCUCUGGCUUGGAGGGAUUCCGAAAGUUGGCGGAUUCUUUGGUCGCCUUCUCGGCUCUUCAGCACUUGGACUUGGAUUCCCCUGAUGAGAACGAAAUCGGAGACAAAGGGGUGGGCUCCCUCGCCCGCGUCCUUCCUCGCUUGGCGUCUCUGGAGACCUUGAACUUGUCCCGGAACAAGAUCACCGACCAGGGCGCUGAGCUAUUGGCCGGAGCCCUCCCCGCCCUGCGUUCGCUGAAGACCCUCAGCUUGUACGAAAACAACAUUGGGGACGCGGGAGCGGAGCGCGUGGCAGAGGUGCUGCCCCAGAUGUGUGCGUUGCGGGUGCUGGACCUGCACUGCAACCAGAUUUCUGCCGCCGGAGCCCGGUGUCUGACGGAGCACUUGAGGAGAUGCCCCGGCAUCCGGAGCUUGGCGUAA